GAAAGAUCUUGCUGCGUCGGUUCCUCGAAGUUUCUCCUCCAAGGAAUCGGCGAAUCGCGACAUGCGGAAAAACAGAGAGAGAGAGCGGCCGAGUAAGAAAAAUGGAUGAAAUGGAAUGGAUUACUGGGCGUUUGAUUACCAGAGCCAUGUGUUGAUUUUGUAUUUUGCUUUCGCUUUCUCUUCUUUUUACAUUGCAAAUUCCAUAGCGCCAUUCUCUUUGUUCUCAUCGCUGAUUCAUUGGCGCCAAAGACAAACUACCCUUUUUGUUUACCAAAGUAAACAGCUAUUAGGACCCAGCAUAUCAAAAUCUUCACCGCAAGUCUGAAAGGAUUUUUCCCUUUCUCUUCGCGCUUUUGACUUUUGAGCCCUUUUUUCUCGUUAAUUUCUUGAAUUCUUAGUCGAUAUGAGCUUGUUUUCUGCGAUUAGAAUCGUUUAAGCUGUACCGAGUUACUUGAUUUGUGAUGGUUGAGUUCAUUUUGUUCAGAAAUUGGCGAGAGAGAGAGAGAGAUAGAGAGAGCGGAGACGGAGGGACGGAGGUGGUUGAAAAAAAAAAGGAGAGGUUCAUACUUUUGGUGGAAAAGCGAAAGUAGUUUGUUGUAUGUAACUUUAUCUGAUUGGGAUUCCCCACUUUUGUUUCUUUUUCCCCUCUUUUUCAACAUGGGCAUUAGGCCGGGGAAUCCAUAACAUGAGUUCACUAUCCAACUGGGAAUUUACUAGUUCAACUGUCAUGGUUCUGAAGAGGCAGAAAUUUGCAAAAAUAUAAUUGGGUUAAGUUGGGAUGGAGUUUUGAUGGUACAGUAUCCUGGAGUUUCUUGUCAUGGCGAUCGUGAGUCCUAUGCAGGCAACUACACCUCUAGCUGGUCCAACUAAUCAUGCUGAAGCUUCACCAAUUAUGUUUAGCUCAAGCAGAGAAAUUGUAGAAGAGCCUGCGGGAACUACUGGUGAAGAUAUAAUUUGUGUGGCUGUUGGGAAAGAUGUGAAAGAGUGCCAAUCGGUUUUGAGGUAUGCACUAAAAUCGUUACGUAGGAAGAAGAUUCGCCUACUACAUGUUCAUGUCCCUGCACAGAUGAUUCCACUAAUGGGAACAAAAUUUCCGGCGAACUCAUUGGAGAAGGAGGAAGUGAGAGCAUAUCGUGAGUUUGAGAAGCAAAAUUUGCCGAGGGUCAUGAAUGAGUACAUUCUUUACUGUCUUCAAGAAGGGGUUCAUGUUGAUAAAUUAUGUGCUGAAGCUGAGAGUAUUGAAAAGGGAAUAGUUGAUUUGAUUUCUCUGCACAGGAUUAAGAAACUUGUUAUGGGAGCAGCUGUAGACAAGUACUAUUCAAGGAAAAUGAUGGAUCUGAAAUCUAAGAAAGCCAUUUAUGUACGUUCAAAGGCACCGGCUUUCUGUCACAUUGAGUUUAUUUGCAAGGGGAACCUCAUUUGCAUCAGGGAGGGUAGUUCAAAUGGAGCUCAAGUAGAAGCCACCAUCUCAUCACCACAAACAAGUCCAGAUACUGAAGCCUCAGAAAUUAGCCACCGGAGAUCUCAGUCACUGCCACUGGGGCAGGUUAGCAGCAGGGAAGUUGGAAGUCCAUCUUCGAAUUUACGUCCCAGAGGGAGAUCAUUACUUGUUGACCAUUUUAGAGGGAGCAUACUAGAUCCUUCUCCUUCUCCUUCUCCUUCUCCAAAUAUUAUGAAUGGGAUUCAAACUGAGAGUAACUUAAUUGUUAAUGAGGCUUUUGAUGAAUGGGGUUUAUUAACAAGGAGGAGUCCUUAUGAACAGUCAGAAAAUUCCGUACGCUCUCCUCGUGGUGUGAUUGAUAUGGCUCCAUCUCCACUUUCUAGGAUUGAGUUAAGUGAAAAUGGGCUGGAGCAGGAUGGGAAAACAAGUGAUUGCCUCUACAAUCAAUGUGAACGGAUGAUGAUGGAGGCUGCUCAUGCAAAGCGUGAAGCAUUUUUAGAGGCAAUCGCACGAAGAAAAUCUGAGAAAGAGACUGUUAAUGCUCUACGCAGGGUUAAAGCUGCAGAAGGGUUAUACGCUGAAGAAUUGAACCAUAGGAAGGAGAUUGAACAAGAACUAGCAAAGGAAAAGGCAAAACUUGAAAGUAUAAAGAAACAACUAAAUGAAGAGAUGGAAGAACUCCGGAUGGCCCAAGAUCAGAAGGCAAGUCUUGAGAGAGAACUUUCAGAAUCUGACCUAACGGUGAAGGAGUUGGAGCAAAAGAUUCUUUCUGCUGUUGACUUGUUACAGAGUUACAAAAGAGAGCGAGAGGAGCUGCAGAUUCAACGUGACAAUGCACUUAGAGAAGCAGAGGAUCUUAGAAAAAAUGAAUACUCAGGCCGAAACAUUCCGCAGUUCUUUACAGAGUUCCCGUUUCGGGAGAUUGAGGAAGCAACUAAAAAUUUUGAUCCUUCAAUGAAGAUCGGAGAAGGGGGAUAUGGGAGUAUAUAUAAAGGCUUUUUGCGUCAUACUAUGGUGGCUAUAAAAAUCCUUCAUCCUGAUAGCUCUCAAGGCCCCGCUGAAUUUCAACAAGAGGUUAAUGUAUUGAGUAAGAUGAGACAUCCCAAUCUGGUCACACUCAUUGGAGCCUGCCCAGAAGCCUGGAUUCUCAUUUAUGAAUACCUAUGUAACGGAAGCCUCGAAGACAGGCUCAGCUGCAAGGAUAAUACUCCGCCUUUAUCUUGGCAAACACGAAUACGCAUCGCCACUGAAUUAUGCUCGGCUCUUAUGUUUCUUCACUCGAGUAAACCCCAUAGCAUCAUACAUGGUGACUUGAAACCUGCAAAUGUUUUACUCGAUGCAAACUAUGUUUGCAAGCUUGGCGACUUCGGGAUUUGUCGCUUGUUGUCUCGGGAUGAAAUACUAAACAACAACGAAACGCUUGUUUGGAGAACUGACAACCCUAAGGGAACUUUUGCUUACAUGGAUCCUGAAUUCCUUUCAUCUGGAGAGCUAACAACAAAGUCAGACGUUUAUUCGUUCGGGAUAAUACUGUUGCGGUUAUUGACCGGUAGAUCUGCAAUGGGGAUAUCAAAGGAAGUGCAAUAUGCACUGGGAAAUGGAAAGUUAAAGUCCAUUUUGGAUCCUUUAGCUGGAGACUGGCCUUUCGUCCAGGCUGAACAGCUUGCUCGAUUGGCACUGAGGUGUUGUGAUAUGAACCGAAAGAGCCGCCCCGAUCUCAUUACUGACAUCUGGAGGAUGCUUGGACCAAUGAGGGCUUCAUGUGGUGGCUUAUUGUCCGUCCAGCUUGGUUCUGCAGAACCAUUUCAACCUCCCCCUUAUUUCAUCUGUCCCAUCUUCCAAGAAGUCAUGCAGGACCCACAUGUAGCUGCAGAUGGUUUUACAUACGAAGCAGAAGCCGUGAGAGGAUGGCUAGACAGUGGACAUGAUACUUCCCCAAUGACGAAUCUUAGGCUCGAGCACCGCAACCUCGUCCCAAACCGUGCUCUUCGUUCUGCUAUCCAGGAAUGGCUUCAACAGAACUGAAACCUGAAUCACUCCCAUUUUCGGUCGAAGAAUGUGAGGAAAGGAAAACAAAAGAGGGGGAGACAGAAAAUUGCAGUAUCUGCAACUAUUCUAUUCUUUCAUGUGUUCCUCCCCCUCUUCUGUUUUCCUUAAGCAUAGAGUUCAUAUUUUGGUGUGUUUUGAAUGUAUAUAGCUUAUACGGUUAUGAAGAUACGUAAAAAAUGCCAUCUGAUUGUAUAUUUGUGACAAAGAAAACAUGAAAUUACAUGCCAUUUGUAUAUAACAAUGCAUAGGAUUUUGCCUCUCU